AUGGAAAAGAACCUCGUAAACGACUUGUGCGAUAGCUACAGUGUCUUACCCGACGCGUUAGUCCCAACGCUCGAUAGAAUCUUCGGUGAUUACAAGAAAUUGACUAAACAGAAUGGACGUAUGGUCGGCGAUAUCUUCAAUUUGUACAUCAGAGUCAUCCUUGAUGAGAAGGAAAAGAUGUCUUUCGUGACAAUUAACGGAGCCAACCAGACAACAUGUGUCUCUUACAUCCCACAGAAGGCUUUGGAGUUCAAAGCGGCCGGAAAGUCCAUCAUCGUCAUUGCGGAAGGGUUUGUGUACGGCUUGAUCAACACUGCCGACUUCAAAGGCGAAGCUUUGCAAGAAGUUUGCGAGAAGACCAAACAGUCCAAAAGAAAGGAGAAGAAGGACGACAAGAAAGAAGAAAAGAAGGAGGAUAAAAAGGAGAAGAGUGUUCCUUUCAGAGUGUCCCAAGUCAAAGUGAAGGCGAAAGGAAAGAAGCCCGAAGCUGUCGAAGGGUAUGUCGAGGUCAGCGGAAGCAUCGGAGGCAAUGUUGCUCUUUUGACCGACUUCCUCAAGGAAGCUGGUUUUACUGAAUUCCAAAAUUGA